CCAGUCCCCACGUACCGCUGCCGCACCCACGAGACGCGCGACUUGACCACUGACGCGUCGGCCCGGCGGUAAAAGUGAGACCGUGAAAAUUAACCCGACCUGCUCCGCCGACCCGGCGACGGUGCCCAUAAACUCGAGAGAGACCAGCACGAGCUCGACCACGAGAGGAGCUGAGACACACGCACCGUCUGUUCCAUCCUUAUACCGCUAGCUAGCUAGGAACUUGUUGCUCGCUCCCACGGCGCCGCGCAUGCAGGAGCCCGGACGCCGGCCCGCGCCGCCGUUUGCCGGCGUCGACCUCCGCCGCCCGAAGGGCUACCCGGCGCCGGCCGCAAAGGCGGAGGAGCUGGCGGCGAAGACGCCGCCGCCGGUUGGUGAUCCCUGCCCGCGGUGCGAGUCGCGGGACACCAAGUUCUGCUACUACAACAACUACAACACCUCGCAGCCGCGCCACUUCUGCAAGUCCUGCCGCCGCUACUGGACCAAGGGCGGCUCCCUCCGCAACGUCCCCGUCGGUGGCGGCACCCGCAAGAGCUCAUACUUGCCGUCCUCGUCCUCGCCCGCCGCACCCAAGAACCCCAAGCGGUCCAAGAACUCCAAGCGCCGCCGCGUCGCCCCUACCCCGGACCCCGCGCCCAGCACGGACGCCUCCACCGCCACCGCCGACGUCGCUAACACUGCACCGACGCCUGCGCCGUCGACGGAAGCCGCAGAAACGGUCGCCUCGGAGGAUUGCGCCGCGAAUCCGGCGGCGGACGGCGGUUUCACGGACUCGUCGGUGGCGCUCGGGCUCGGGCUCACGGAUGUUGGCGGCGGCGGGAAGGAGCUGCCGGACCCGAGCCAGUUCGAGUGGCCGUCAGUCUGCGACCUGGGGUCCUACUGGGCCACCGGUGUGUUCGCCGACGCCGAUCCGGCGCUGUUCCUCAACCUGCCUUGAGCCCGGCUGUGAGUGAGUACGCCAUGGUUAAGUUUAUCAACCAUCACGAGAAGACGAACAGAGCAAAGCUUCAAGCUCCGAAGCUGGCUGCUGGAGUUUCCUGAGUAUAUUGAUCUCGAGCAUCUUACUAGUGGCUAGUGGUCUGCUGAUUUUAGCUGCCGCCUUUUACUUGAAUAUAAAGGCUAACUUGGGUUGUGCUCUAUACAAAUCUGUGUUUGUUUUGAACUGAUCAUGGUGCCUGGGGCCCUGAAAAUCACAAGAAUAGUUGCAAGGAGAACGGCUGUUCUCCUUUUCUUUCCUAGCUGAUCAUGGCUCCAUUUCCUAGCUGAUCUUGCUAGUA